AUGGCGGAACCCAGUGAGAAGUACAUCCUCUUACGUGAACAUACCGGAGAGGAAUUAAUGAAAAAUUAUCGCCCGCUCGACCUUUACGAAAUAUUUACAUCAACGAAAGUGUUGCGAGGCGAGUUAUUAGAAGGUUUUUUUAAGACUGGAUCGACUGUGGUAACUGUUCGUGGAAUUAGAAAUGAAUUAUUACGUCUUGAAUGUCCUGCAGAGGAUAUGAGUCGACUAUCUGAAGAAGAGUGCAACUUGCUUUUGGCUAUUACUUCAACUGAAGAAAGAUAUGAAACGUGGAUGGACCGACAUCGAGUACUAUUUGCCCGACAACUGCUCCCCGGAAGUGCUGUUUUCGUGGAAGUUGAAGGAAUUUCAAAGAUUUUGCCUGGUAUCGUUCGGUACAGAGGUAUCUUGCCGUCUUCCUUCGGAACUUGGUUUGGAGUUGAGCUGAUCGGAAAUCAAGGGUCAGGAGAAAGCGAUGGGUCCUUCAGAAACAAGCGAUACUUUCGCUGUGCUCCAGACUCUGCUGUUUUUGUUGGACUGGACAAAUUAACGCCACGAGAACAUAAAGAAGAGUUAAAAUAUGAAAAUACAAUUGAAAAUAUAGUGCACCUAAAGGGUUCCAUACGAUCAUUUUGGGAAGGAAAGGAAAAGUCAUUCAAAGAAAUUGAUGGAGUGCUUCGUAUUGAUGAAAGAGUUGUGACAUUAAUUAAUGAUAGUCCAGCCAGAGGAACUGUGCGAUAUAUUGGUGAGGAACGAGGUUCAAGUGGAAAUGUUGACAUAAUUUUAGGACUGCAGCUGGAUGAAAGAUUGGGAUUUGGUUGUGGUGAACUACUGGGUUUUCAAAAGUUUGCUUGCAAGAGAGAUUAUGCAGCAUUUGUACCACUGACAACUGUCAUACCAGAGAAGGACUUUCGUGGUUAUCGUGGAAAAGCUGCACGACAAGAAGCUCAGGGAAAGUUGGAGCAAACUCAUGAAGAUGAAAUGUAUCUAAGAUCAAUGAGCUGUGUUAAUGUACCAUCAGGUCACAACACUGGCGACUACGCUUACAAUUGUGGUUGCGAUUACGACGAUCGCGUCACUGGAAAGCAACGACAAUCACGAGACACGAGAGGUCAGCCGCCGAGCUUGCGAGAGAAACCGAGAGAAAAUAACGAAGAACAAAAGAGUCCACUCGAACAAUUAAGAGAGAUGAAGCAGCAGGUGACUCAAUUACAAGCACAACUGGAAGAGAAAGAGUCGGAAAAGCAGAAACAAGGUGACAGAUUACAGAGACAACUGCAAGAGAAGCAUGAUCAGUUUGUGAACUCUGAAGCACGAGUGAGAAAGAUGGAGGAACAGCUAAGAAACGUUCAAGGACAGUUACAGGAGAAGCAUGAUCAGUUAGUGAUCUCAGAGACACAAGUCCUGGAGAUAGAGGAACAAGUGACAAACUUACUACGACAGUUACGUGAACAUUCAGUUAAUUCAGACGCACAAAUUAGAGAGGCGACACAGCAAUUGACCAAUAUGCAAGGGCAACUACAGGGAAAAGAUGAAGAAAUUGCUGGUUUACAAAAUCAGGUGAUUGAACUCGAAACGAGUCUCUCGACAGCUCAACAAUUAGCGUUAAGUGAACGUCAACGGCAGGAGCCACCUGACUGGGUCAUUUCACGCGAUCAAAUUCAGGUGACAGAUAAAUGCCUUGGAAGGGGAGCCUGGGGAAAUGUUGUAGAAGGAAAGUAUUGUGGCUGUGCCGUAGCUGUGAAAAAAAUCCAUGACUUG